UACACAACUGUCCAUAACCCGCACAAGAGGAAUAUAACAGACAGUAGUUCGACAAUUUAUCCGGAUGCAGACAGAAAUAUUUACGGAAAGUUUAACUCCCACCUUUACAUUUACAGAUGGUUCGUAAUAGUCAUGAAGAACAUUCUAACCUAAAUAUAGCCAGGCUUGCUAGUUAGCAUUACAGCUAGCCGUCUAAUAUUCACGCUUAAAUGGCGAUGACAGCUAAUUUCUUCAACUUGAAAGAAAAGCUUCUGUGCUCAACUAAACACACCUCUACUCUGCAAUGAUUGUUAAAAUGGUUUGGCAGCUGUUGUAAGUCCUGUGUGACAGACCUCUUUAAGUAAACAAAAUCUAACUCUGCAAAAGAUGGAGGACUCACUUCAGUUGUAUAUCUCUGAAGUUGGAGGUCAUGAGGACAUGGAGGAGGGGGAUAAAGAGGACAUUUAUCAACAGGAAACUAACAUGGAACAAAAUAUGAUAAAGUCAGUUUGUCAAGAUCCGUAUAAAAAUCCAAAUCAGGAUUCUGGAAACUGGAGCUCUUAUCCCUGCCAGCACUGUGAGAGACAUUUUACCAGCAAACAAGGCUUGGAGCGACACAUGCACAUCCACAUGUUGGCGGACAAUGAGGCACACACAAAUAAAAGCAACAGCAGCAGUGUGUCUUUAGGUUCAAAUCUGGGUCAGCUGCAGCAUGAGAAGAUGAAGCCUUUGGAUUCAGACAGCUCAGCCAUGCAGCUUCAGACUGCAUCUCCCCUUAGCUCUGAUACUUCUGUUUUGUCACUUGGAGACCCCACUGCUCAGCCAAACAACCAGGAGGCAUCGGACACGUGCUAUUAUGCAUGUGACUUCUGUGAAAAGGUAUUCACUACACAUACUAAUAAACAACGGCAUGAGCGUAGGAACCACAAGCAGCACCUACAGCAAGAAGAAACUCACCUCUCCGAGGAGGGAAAUCCCCAGAGGAUAUUCAGUCAAACAUCUCACGAUGAAACAGAGCUUGGUGAUGGUUCAGCACCUGCAGCUGUUCAAAGGAAUGAAGGAAAACAGUUCAUGCUGGAUGUUCCUAGCAAUAUUUCAGAGAAUCUCAGCUUUUACAUUGAUGGAAAGAUAGUAUCAACAAGUACAGUCAGUACCUGUGACACAGCCGAGGUUCAACCUGGGUCCUCAACUUUAGUUCGACUGGAUGCCCUAAUUCUAGACUCGGCUCAAAUAAGCCAAGUUUUAAAUACAGACUCGGCUACAGGUAAAGAAUUACCUGGUCAAUUAGUGCCCAAAAGAAGAACUGCAACACCACCUCUUUUACCACAAAUUAAAACAGAACUGGAGUCAGAGGUGGUUGUAUCUUCAUCCUCAUCAUCCAUUGUGUCUUCUUUAAUAGAGAAUCUACUGCCUCAGAGUACAGAGUCCACCAUUGUACAGAAGGAAAGAACGGUGUUUCUGUCACCUAAGUUGAAGCAGCUCCUGGAGAAGCAGGAUGGCCUUAAACCAACACUUGCACUCAUCUCAGAUGGCCAGAAGCCAUGUUCACCCAUCUCCCUUUCUGUACUGCCUGCUGGAGGAGGGAGGUUUAAAAGACGAACUGGAUCGCCACCGAGCUCCCCACAGGAAAACCCAACAUAUAAUGAGGAAACACAGGCCCAAGAUACAACAGAUUGUGAUACUCUGAGCACAGCACAAGCAGAGACUCCACAUAGUUCACCUGAACACCAAACAGCCAAUGAGAAGGAGGAUGCAGCUCCAUCUGUGGAGGACCAAGCAGCAAAGCCUGUCUUUUCAGAAAACUGGCCACCUAUGACAGGAGGUAAUUCCUGUAACCAGCGACCACUGGAUCUCUCCAGCACAGUGAAAAGAAAUAAAGAUGUAGCUUCAGGUGAUGCUGCUCUGGAUUUAAGUUUGCAAAAAAAGACCCAUGGUGAAUGUGAAUUUGCAUUAGAUUUAGUAUCAGAGGCAGCUUUAAGAGAAGGAAAAUUAAAUACAUGCAUAAUAGAGAAGGCCUUAAUGAGUACUGGUGAGCAAAAUGUAAGUCCAGGGAAUCCUGAGCCCCCUUUAGUUGCAGAUUUCACAAUAGUUACAGGCCCAGACAUAAUGACCCCAGUGGAGCCACUCACAGACGGACUUGUUUAUGGACUUGCCCUACCCCCCAACUCUCUGACUGCUUCAUCCGCCUCCCUUACCCCUGUUGCCUUGCAGCCAGCCUCGCCAUGCACUAUAGCAUUUGCUUCCCCAGCUCCACACACCCUGCUCCCUUCUGCUCCUUCAUUAAUCACAGUUCUGGCACCCCCACCACCUAUUUCUAACCCUUCAAGCCAGUCAGUCCAGGUAAUAGCCCCAAAUAUAUCUCCUGAGCCCUUGGUAAUCUGUGCAGAAAAUGCAUUAAAUUCUUCAGAGUGUGAUUUAACAACUGCAUUUGCCACUACAAAUUCUGCAAACCUCGUCACUCUCUCCCAGUCCCUUGACCCGACUCUCAAUCUACCUGGCCAUGUGUUUCUUACUGAUCAAAUAGCUCUCAAUCCACCCAUAGUUGAGUCCACCCCUGUGUCAGAGGUGCCCUUCCCUCCCACUAUAACUUUAAACGACCCUCUCAUCAACUCCUACAACAUCACUAGCAACACUGUGCUGAUAGAGUGCACAAUAGCUCUGGAAAGCCCAGGAAAUGUAGUCCCUCCUGCCAUCACCUUACAAGAAAACUCUGCAGAGCUUCCUGCACCCUCACAGAUGCUUGUUAAUCACAUAGAACAGCAACAGAUUGUUUCAGUGCCCAACCCUCAAACUGUGGACCCAACUGUUCUUGUGUCCUCCAUUGCAGAGUCAGUAACUCUAUCCACGGCCGCCACGGUGACAUCUGAUCGUCCUCCUGCCAUACUUGAAACAAAUUCUAGUCCAGAGCCAGUUAUUAAUGAAGAGCCACCACCUGCAAAGGAAGAAGAUAACGCUGCGGACAAUACUGUGUCCAUCCCUGAAAUCCCAGUUAAAAGUCCCAUUUCUUCUGAAAAAGGUAAAGAAAAGGACUCCUCAGUUGACACAUCAAGUGAUGAACAGCAACAGACUUUCACCAAAAAUUUCAUCUGCAAUGUUUGCGAUAAGCUUUUCCACUCAAUGAAAGAACUGAGCCAUCAUGUCAGAGACCACGCUGAUGAAUGGCCCUACAAAUGUGAGUUCUGCGUGCUGCUCUUUGGCAAACCUUCAGCAUUGCUUGACCAUCGAUCAAGUCUCCACGGUGUCGGCAAGACUUAUGUUUGCAGUGUGUGUACAAAAGAAUUUGUCUACCUUUGCAAUCUAAAACAGCAUCAAGAAGAAUUACAUCCCGGUCAGCAAUGUACAUACACAGAAGAGGAAAAGGGGAAACUAAGACCUCAGAACUACAACAACUCAACAAAAGUCAACAUAGAAACUGUUGAGCCUAUUGUUCAUGAGGAUCCAGAGAAAGUGGUGAAAAAGGAAGAAGGUGAAGCAGAUGUGGCUGCGGAAGAGCUGUUCACAACUAUAAAAAUCAUGGCCUCAGAUGGAGCAAAAAUCAAAGGGCCUGAUGUUCGUCUUGGCAUAAACCAACAUUACCCCAGCUUUAAGCCUCCUCCGUUUCCUUACCAUAACAGAUCACCAGCUGGCUCCCUGGCCUCAGCCACAAACUUUACCACCCACAACAUCCCACAAACCUUUAGCACGGCUAUCAGAUGCACCAAGUGUGGCAAAAGCUUUGAUAACAUGCCAGAGCUACACAAACAUAUCCUUGCCUGUGCAAAUGCGAGUGAUAAAAAGCGAUACACACCCAAAAAGAAUCCCAUCCCAUUGCGCCAUUUUGCAAAAACUCAAAAUGGAAUUUUGUCUACUAAUGGACUAAAUGCUUCAAACAGACCCAGCCAGUCUUACAGGUCCAAACCUAACCAAGAACCACCAGUAAAGAUGAAGUUAAAGGUUCUAAACAAAAGGAAGAAAAAACUGGUCCAAAGGAUCAUGCCACAGAGGACCAAGUCCAUACAUAAAAUGUCACAUGCACAGGGGGACGAGCAGCAGGAGACCUUUGUCUGCCCACACUGUAGCAGGGAGUUCACAAUGAGACGCAGCAGAACCAAACACAUGGCAGUCUGCCCCAAGAAACCCAAAGAGGUGAAGAAGAGAAAAGAUGGAGGAAUAUCUGUGACAAAAGAAAAUGAUGGACACCUGCAUAGAGUGGUGGGAGUGAAACAACAAGCCUCACACAAGCAUAAGACAAGACUUCAGACUUCUGGUCCUGCUAAAAGACCCGCCAUCCUGCCUGCACAGACUGUCUUUGCAAGCAAAAGAAGCAAAUUGGUUAUUAAAGAGAGUGUACAGCCAAAUCAGGAGACAUCCACUCUAAAUGAACUUCCCAUUGUUCGCACUUUCAACCCUGCUAUGCGUCAAUACAGCAGAGUGCAGCACAGUAUCAAAGGAAUCCCCAUUAAAAUCACCAUAGUGAAACCACAGCAGACUUCACCACAGAAGAUGGAGCUGCCUCCAGCCCAGUGCAGAGAAGAAGCAACCGGAGUCAUCAUUAACAGCUCAGAGCAGAGCCCCACAGCUUAAAGACCACUGCUUACCAGGGAUCAUCAGGGCCCUGCUGUUAAGAGCUCCACCUACACUCUUGUUUCAUCAUGAGACUGAAGGGAAAAACUGCUGAACACACUUUGAACAUUAUGGACUCAAAGAUUGCAUCACACAGUACAAUGAACAGCUGAAUUGUGGACGGGUAAAACAGAUGACUGAGGACAUCAGAGUGAGUGGGGGACUGUUUGAAUGCUUUUGUAGCAGCUAGAAGUUUUUGUAAAUUUCUCCAUCUUUUGAAAAACUUUCUGUCAUCGGCUUGGAUUUUUACCCUUUGAAGUUAAUCUGACUGCGACAUGUCAGAAAUUGGAGAAGGAGUGGGAGGAAUGGAGCUAGAAGGCUGCUCUCAUUUCAAACUCGGUGUGUUAUUCAGAGAGGAUGGCAGGUGGCAAUCAUUUUCAGCAUGCAUUUGCACUUCUCCUUUUUUGUUGUCCGUGGCCUUUUUGCUUUGAACUCUUACUGCAUGCCGUGAACGUGUAUCACACCUACAUUUAUGAAGGAUUUUUUUAUAAAUGCAGUCAGACCUUAAAUAGUUAAUUUAUUGUUCAUCUGUUGGCCACAUUGAAAUCAACAAUUAUAAUCAUCAAGAUUGUCUCUGAACCCACAAGUAAUGCACUCUGAAGAACAGUGUAACACUGAAUAUUAACCAAAGCUACCUAUCAAAGCUGUUAUGGAUAUCAGCUCUAAAAAUGACUGGAAAAGAGAAUUAAGUGUUGCCAUUAUCACAGUGAAUGUAAAAAUUGAAAGAUUUAAUGCUAAAGCCUUUGCAGAUCUUAACUGUAGAAAACCUGGUUGUCAUUUUAACCACAGUAGUUAGUAUUUGGCUAUUUAUUUGAUCAAAGGUUUGAGAAAAAUGUGCCAUGAAGUUUAUACUGUAUGUGUCAUAAAGGGGAUGUGAGGAAGAACACAGAUGUUUCCCACAUAGAGAACUUUUUAGUGGCCAACGAUGGAAAAGUGUAUUUCUUCAGACACUGGGGUAAAAAGCAAAUGCAAGUGCAACCAGAUGUCAGAUUUUGAGUAACAGGCCUCUCAACAUGUAAAUCUUUGAAGAUUUUUCAGUUUGAUUCCUUUUAACUAUAAUCCCAAUCACAAAAUACUCUGUCAAACUCUGCACUGCCUGAAUGCAUCAUGGCCACCUCUCAAACUGACAGAAUUUAAGAUUAAACUGCACUGGAAGAGUCAGCUUCAGUGCUGUUUCUGCAUUUAUUUUUUAAUCCUGAAAUAUUUAAAGUUGUCCAGUUUGCUUUUGGGCUUUAUUUUGCACCAGAAUGCUUAACAGAAACUUGAAUAUUUAUGUCCUUUUUCCCUAAAGCCAAUAGACAUCAUCAUUUAAGAUUUAUAGUCUGUUUAGAUCUUUGUCAUUAGUAGUGUCCAAGGAUUUCAUCAUUACUUAGGAUCCUUAUAACAGAUGUCAGCUGUUUAUUGUGUGAGGCUUGUAUAAUGAAUUUAAGCAUGAAUAAACCACAAAACAUAAAUAUAAGAUAAAUUAUGAAGGGUUUUUUUUGAAACUCUUUGAAAUGUGUGUGGCAAGUUGUCACUGAUCUAACAGAGGGAGUGUAAUGCAUUGUAUCUGUUUAAUUUAGAUGUAAUAAUAAGCUAUUGGAUGUGCGGUUCAAUGCUGAACAGGGUAGUUAUAUCAAAGUGACUGAAUGAAGUAUAUAAAUUUAAGCCAAUUAAUACUUGACAGUGGCCUGUAUGUGAAAGAGAGAGAGAGUUAUGGUACUUUACAUUUCUGCCUUUGCAACUUUCCUUCAUUGAGACUGAUGGCAGUGUGUAGGAUGUACAGGUCCUUCGAGGAGACUGUUAUUUAACUGUGAAAAGUGCUUGUAGCAAUUUGAGGUGUAAAUGAAGUCAUGUAUAUUUAUUGAUAAUUUAAGAUAAUGUCAUCAAUCUCUGAACAGUUCGUCUGUAUGAUUUGCACUAAAGGUUUUUCAAGUGAGUAUUAAAAAAUUGAAAAUGUUAUGGUUAAAUGUGAAG